UUGUGUGCAUUUCAGGUUUCCCUUUUCAUUUUUUAACUUAUUAACUCUGACAAGUCACCUCUUGGUUGUGAACAAUUUAAUUCACAAUUCAUUUUUCUGAUUCAAAGUGAACACGAGUGCCCUAAUCCCCUAAUGGGAAUUAAUUGCAUGUUUCAGUACUUAACUCUGAUCCUUUCUCAAUCCCCAUGGGGACAAGUUUCUUCCUGAAGGAUCUGUGUUUGUUAUUCAAAACACAGUCUGAAAGGUGCCAUGGCUCGUGUCUUCGUGUACGGCACCCUCAAGCAGGGCCAGCCCAACUACGGGCACAUGCUCAACACGGCCAAGGGCAUCGCCAAGUUCCAGGGCCGGGGCCGCACCGUGGAGAGGUACCCGCUGGUGAUUGCCGGCAAGUACAACAUCCCCUACAUGCUCAACAUGCCCGGCACGGGGCACCGCGUGGCCGGCGAGAUCUACGCGGUGGACGAGCAGAUGCUGCAGUUCCUUGACGAGUUCGAAGGCUGCCCAGACAUGUACCAGCGCACGGCCAUGAGCAUCGAGGUGCUCGAGUGGGAGGGCAAGAGCGGGCGCAGCGUCAUGGAGUGCUUCGUGUACAACACCAGCACCUACCCGCCCGAGUGGGUCAACCUGCCCUACCUUGACAAUUACGACUCCUCGGGGAAACACGGCCUCUCCUACGUGCUGCGGGAGAGACGGGAAUAG